CCUGGCUCAGGACUGUCUGCGCUGGGGCUCACAGCCAUAGUAAACGGGGGUGAUCCCGACACGUCGAGACUCCUGCCCAAGCAGCUUUAGCAGAAGCCUGCCUUGUGGCACCAUAAAGACUAACACUGUACAUCUAAAAUGUGUUGUUUUUCUAAUAUUAUACAUUAUCUUCGAAGUAGAAGCCCAUAUAGGGUGUGCAUGCAGAUCUGAGUGUGAAGCCCUUAAUUUUAUUUGUGGCACUCCCUUAAAGUGUGGCUCUGAACAUUAGACUUCCCAUGGUAUCCUGCAUUUCUGCAACCCUGUGGCAAUUUCUCUCUCUCACACAUAUGAUGACUGUACUAUUCAUUAUAGCUCAGAUUAUUAGUUGAGACCAUUACAUUUACUAUGACACUGGUAGCUGCUUUUGCAGAAAAACAAGCCCUAUACCUGAUGUCCCCAUCUCUCCAGCUGUGGGAAAUGCAUAUUACAAGGUGACUGCAUUGCUUCAGGAGAGCAAGGAAGCAGGAACUAUGGAUCUUGUCAAAAAGAAAAAUCUUAGUCAAAGAUGUUUGGAGCUGAAGAAGUCUGUUGAUGAGAAUGCUUUUACUCUUCAAAACCUGGAUAAGUCAGAUGAGCCUGCACCUGUGGGAAAUUAUCAUCAGAGGAAAGAAGAAGAAGAAAAGCAACUGUUGAAGCUUUCUCAGCAGCUAGAAAAACUUGCUUCAAUUCUUAGCCGAGAAAAUGUGACGAAGGGCUCUAUUGUAGAUGAAAAAAGAAAAGCCAGCCCAAAGAUGAAACAGGAAAAUGAGAUUGAAGAAAAUGAUGAUGAAGGAGGUGAUGAAGAAAGUACGGAAGAUGAAGAGGAGGAGGAGGAAGAAGAAGAGGAAGAAGAAGAUGAUGAUGAUGAUGAGAGCAAACUGGGAGAUGAUUCAACUGUGAAACAUUUUAUCACUCUUGGUGAUUUUACUGCUCAGCAAGAAGGGGAUCUGACAUUUAAAAAAGGCGAGGUACUUCUUAUAAUUGACAAAAAGUCAGAUGGCUGGUGGCUGGCUAAAAAUUCCCAAGGGGAAAGUGGCCUUGUGCCUAAAACCUAUUUGAUGAUAUAUGACAAAGAAGGAGUGUCCCAAGAAACAAGUGAUGAGGAAACAGAAGAAGAUAUAGAGGUGGCAGAUGAAACAGCUGGAGGUGCUGAAAUUGUGAAAAGAACAGACUCGCACUGGAGUGCUGUGAAAAAGGCUAUUACAGAGAAUAAUACCUUAGAUGCACUGACCACCAUGGGAGCUGUUCCAGCUGGAUUUCGACCUUCAACACUCGCACAACUCUUGGAAGAAGGAGUUCAGUUUCGAGCCCCUUACUUCUUGCAACCUGAGCUGACACCUUCAAAUCUUGCUUUCCGAGAUCUAGUAUGGAAUUCCGAGAAAAGCACUAUUCAGCCCAGGCCAACACGCAUAUCACUAAUUUUGACGCUGUGGAACUGUAAAGCGAUUCCCUUUCCCGGACUCAGCAUACAGGUCCUCAGUAGGCAUGUUCGACUUUGCCUAUUUGAUGGUAACAGAGUUCUGAGUAACAUUCAUACAGUUAGAGCUACAUGGCAACCUAAAAAUCCAAAAACCUGGACUUUUUCUCCACGGGUAACCGGCAUCUUACCAUGCCUGCUUGAUGGUGAUUGUUUUGUCAGAUCCAAUUCUCCGUCUCCAGAUAUUGGUAUAUUAUUUGAACUUGGGAUCACUUAUAUUCGCAAUUCAACAGGUGAAAGAGGAGAAUUAAGUUGUGGCUGGGCAUUUCAAAAACUUUUUGACUCCAGUGGCAUUCCAGUCCCCUCCAAAACAUAUGAGUUGCUUCUGAACGGUGGGACCCCAUAUGAGAAAGGGGUUGAGGUAGACCCAUCCAUUUCAAGAAAAGCCAGCAUUGGUGUUUUCCAUCAAAUGGUAGCGCUGAGGAAGCAACCUCAGCUCCUAGUGAAACUGCGGUCACUGAACACACGGUCCAAAGACAUAUUGAACUUGCUGCCAGAAGUAUUAAUUGGCAGUAUGUGUUACAUACACCUCCUGCUGUUUUAUCGGCAAAUUCUGGGGGAUGCGCUCCUCAAAGACAGGCUAAACAUGCAAAAUGCAGAUUUGAUCAGCCAUCCAAUUUUGACAACUUUCCCAAAACUCAUGGAGCAGCCUGAUGUUAUGGAUGCACUUCGGAGUGCCUGGGCAGAAAAGGAAAGCACACUAAAGAGAUCUGAAAAGAGAGAUCAGGAAUUUCUGAAGUCUGUGUUCACCCUCGUGUAUCACGAUUCGGUGUUCCCUCUGCUUCACUCCCUGCUCCUUCCUGAGUACAGGUGGGCAGAAGAAGAGUCGGAAGGCACCCGUUGGCGAAUGAUUGCUAAUUUCCUGAAGCAGAAUCGAGAAAGAGAGGGCGCUCUGUCCUCACUGCUGUCAUCAGAAACCCUUCACAAGGCUUUUGACAUCACAGAGAUUGCAUAUGAUUUCCUAGGAAAGGCACAGAAAAAUAGUCCCUGAGUUCAAAUACAUUUCAAGAUCCUGGAUCUCUGCCAGUUGCCAUGCUAAUAAGAACAGACUGAACACAUCAGAAAGCACAGCCAAAAGGGUUUUGUGUUUUUAAUAGAUGGGUUUUAAUUUUAUUUUUACAACCAUUUUAUAAUUGUAUUGCUCUUCUUUAUAUCAUGUUUUUAGGGUAUUUAUUAUUAUUUUUAUAAAGUAUGUGAAGAUAUAUAAAGUAACUCUUUGAUAAAGCUCUUCUGCUGAAUUUUAUAUUAAGCUCCUUCAGAGAAUUUUCAUAGCAUUCCCUUGUCUUUUCUGGAGUCUUUCUUGCAGCACACGUUACAUUAAUGUUGACAUGUAUUGCUAAUCCUUAAUAUUUUAGGAGGUGGGUGGAGAAUGUCAGAACAUUCAAGCUAUUCCUGCUAAAUCUUUUUAAGAGUUCCCAGAUGUCUUUGGUUAGGAGCCAGAUAUCAUCCUUAUGUGAAUGUGAGAAUUGAUUCCAUUGUAAACCUUGUUUGGAACAUUGAUCAGUAGCCAAAGAGACAUGGGGGGUCCUUGAGAAUUGCUGGUAAAUGUGAGAACAUAUUGAUAACUGCCUUUCAAAAAUGUUAAGAACUACUGACAAUUUUGUUCUUUACAUUUACCUUACCAUCUGUAAAGAAUAUGACAAAUUAGCCAAAAGCCAACUAAGCCACGAUCCUGACAUAUGUAUGAUAUGCUCAGUGUUGAUAUGCAGUCAACAUAUGGGAUCUCUACUGCAUUUUGGUCCUCAGCCUUGCGACUGAGAUAAUAGACCAACUGAUCAGUAGCAAAGGAUGUCUAUUUUUAGGUGGGGGGAGGGGAUAGGCUGCAUGGC